AUGAAAAAGAUUCUGGAUAUGCUACAACCAAGGUGGUUUCUAAAGAGCCUUAACUUGGAGAAAUAUGAACUUGAUGAUGAGGUAAAUAUCAUUGCUGGGCCAGCACUUGAAGGAGAAGCCGCUGAUGAUAUCGUAGACGAUAUUGGAUUUGGAUCAUUUGACGAGAAAACUGCAUGGAAAAAGAAAGUCAACGAGCCAGUACCUCUUUCGCUUUACAAUAAGUUGAAGACUCUUUUCGCAGAUAAAAGUGGUCAUUUUAAAGAGUACUUUUUAAACGAUGGGUGCUUUAACGAGAACUAUCAAUACGCUUAUCAUCUUUUGAUCAGUGAUUCUGCCGUGUUCUCUAUUAAACAAUACUAUGACUUAUGA